CUUCUCCCCAAAUCUGACGAGGCUAGCAAACAAAGGCAGAGUUUUCGGAUCAUUUUUAAGUUUCUGAGCCACCCAACGGCUACAAAUACACCCCACAUGCUGAAGCCAAGCACCCAAAAUCCGUGACUUGGACACACCUGCUAAGAUCUCAUCUUCUCUCCCCUCUCUCUCAUGGUUCCUACUGUUCAGGGAGCUGCGCCGGCGCGGGAGCAACGCGGCAACGCCAACAACGGCGGCGUUGGCAAUGCGGUGGCGGUGAGGUGCCACCCGGCGCUCGCGGAGAACAAGGCGUCCAUCAGGGGCGUGGUCGGGGAGCUGCUCGCGAGCGCCGGCAAGGACAAGAGCCUCAUCUCGCUCGGCGUCGGCGACGCGUCCUCGCACGCCUGCUUCCGCCGCGGCGGCGAGUUCGCCGCCGAGGCCGUCGCCGACGCGGCCAGGUCCGGGGAGUUCGACUGCUACGCGCCGUCCUACGGAUUCCCCGCCGCCCGCCGCGCGGUGGCUGACCACCUGUCCGCUGGCGCACGCCACUGCACCUGCGACUCCGACGUGUUCAUGACAGUGGGCGGCACCGGCGCCAUCACCGCGAUCACCACGGUGCUCGGCGGGGCUCCAGGGGCGAACAUCCUUCUGCCACGGCCAGGCUUCGCGCCCUACGAGGCGGCCUGCGAGAUCGCCGGCGCCGAGCCUCGGUUCUACGACCUCCUGCCGCAGCGUGGUUGGGAGGUCGACCUUGCCAGUGUGCGCGCCAUGUCUGUCGGCGCCACGGCUGCCAUUGUCGUCAUCAACCCGAACAAUCCCUGCGGCGCGGUCUACUCUUCACAGCACCUUUUCCAGAUUGCUGAAACUGCAAGAGAUUUGGGGAUUCCAAUCAUAGCAGAUGAGGUAUAUGCACAUAUGGUCUUUGGUGGCAGCAAGUUUGUGCCAAUGGCCUCCUUUGCGCACAUUGCGCCGGUUAUCAGCAUCGGAGGACUGUCAAAGAGAUUCAUGCUACCAGGAUGGCGUCUUGGUUGGUUGACCUUCUGUGAUCCUAAUGGUUCACUCAAGCAUGUCAGAACUGCAACCGAGAUGCUACUGAAUGUGACUUCUGGUCCUGCCUCCAUAGUACAGGCUGCAGUUCCUAUGAUUCUUUCAAAUGAACAUAGUGAGUUCCAUCGGAAUGUUGUUAACUUGCUUGAGUCUGCAGCUGAUGCCCUCUACAGAAGAGUGAACCAAAUUGAAGCUAUGCAGUGCUACUCGAAGCCUCAUGGCUCAAUGUUUAUGAUGGUCGAAAUUAACACUUCACUUCUAUACGGUGUUGCAGAUGACAUAGACUUUGCUCGUGAAUUGAUCAAAGAAGAAUGUGUCCUGGUUCUACCUGGUUCUGUCAUUGGGUUGAAGAACUGGGUUAGGAUAUUUUUCGGAGCACCUGUUAGUUUAAUACUGGAAGCCUGCCACAGGAUUGAGUUAUUCUGCCAGAGGAGGACGCUCAAGCAAAACCACUGAGGCAUUUGUCAAAGAAGUUCUGAAACCAGGUAUUAGGGUUUUUGCUGGCCCAUUAGCAUGUAUACAGCCUAAUCUUUUAUUUUCUACGAAGAAUUCUUUUUUUAAUCUCAUACGCAAUCUGAGAUUUGUA